GUUCUGGGCCUGCGUUAGCUGCUCAGAUGUCCUGUUCUUCCUUUAUCCUCCCGGUCCCAUGCAGCUCCUCACCUGGGGUUAGUGAAAGAGCCUCCAUGCUUCCCAGGAUGUUCGUGACCCCAGUCUUAGCAGGAUGGGUUCAGAGAGGGCCUGGACAAAGGGAAGGGAUGGCAUUGGGGUUACACACAGGUCAUGCUAGGAGCCUGCCUGUUCAGCCCUUGUCUUUAUGUCGUUGCUUGUGGCAGCUUGCUUUUACCUUCCCUUGUAUAUUCUUGACAUUUUACCAUCUUUUCCUUUCUACAAACCAGCCCAGUGCAAAUCCCUUUGUCUCUGGACUCACACUGCCUCCUGAGUGUCCUCUGAUGUUGUGGUCUGAGUGUACAUGUAUCCUUUAACAGAGCCUGAGCCAGUUACUGUUCCAGUCCAGUUCUUCGGGGUCUAGAGGUCACUUCAUAGCACCACAUGUCACCAGCAGGUUGUUUGCAUGGAGUAGAGCAUGAGGAAGCACCUUCUGAACCAAGCAUUUCUGAAGGAUUGUCACAUGUCAUGACUCACAGAGAGGGGUCGUCAUCCCAGAAUGCCUACACCUGUGAAAUAUGUGGCCUGGUCUUGAGAAACAUUUUGCAGUUGGCUCAGCACCACAGAACAACACAUCCWGGGCAGAAGCCACGCACAUGUGGAAGUCAAUUCUAUUUUGCUGCAAAUCUUCAGCAGCAUCAGAGGCAGCACAUUAAAGAGGUUCCCUUCAGAGGUGACAUUGACAGAACCUUGUUUAUAAAGAGCUGCAUGAUCCAUGUGUCAGGGAAGCCUUAUACUUGCAAAGAGGUGGGGAAGGAUUUUCUGGCCAGCAUGGGAUUUCCCCAUCAAGAGGCCACUCACACCGGGGAGAAACCAAAUGCCAGUUACAAGUGUGGGGUGGCCUUUCACAAUGGAAAAAGUCUUCACCACUGGGGGGAAUGCAAGAAAGCUUUUAGCCACACAGAUACACUCGUUCAGUACCGGAGGGCACUCACAAGUGAAGGCCUUUUUGAGUGCAGCAAGUGUGGGAAAGCCUGUACUCGGAGAUGUAAUCUCAUUCAGCACCAGAAAGUCCACAGUGAAGACAGGCCUUAUGAAUGCAGUGAAUGUGGGAAAUUCUUCACCUACUACUCGAGCUUCAUUAUCCACCAGAGAGUGCACACUGGAGAAAGGCCUUAUGAGUGCAGUGAGUGUGGGAAAGCCUUCAGUCAGAUCUACAGCCUCAACAGCCAUAGGAAAGUCCACACUGGAGAGAGGCCUUAUGAGUGUGGGGAAUGUGGGAAAUUCUUCAGCCAGAGGUCCAACCUCAUUCAACAUCAAAGAGUGCACACUGGAGAAAGGCCUUAUGAGUGCAGUGAGUGUGGGAAAGCCUUCAGUCAGAUCUACAGCCUCAACAGCCAUAGGAAAGUCCACACUGGAGAGAGGCCUUAUGAGUGUGGGGAAUGUGGGAAAUUCUUCAGCCAGAGGUCCAACCUCAUUCAACAUCAAAGAGUGCACACUGGAGAAAGACCUUAUGAGUGCAGUGAAUGUGGGAAAUCCUUUAGCCAAAACUUCAGCCUCAUUUACCACCAGAGAGUUCACACUGGAGAAAGGCCUCAUGAGUGCAAUGAGUGUGGGAAAUCCUUUAGCCGAAGUUCCAGCCUCAUUCACCACCGGAGACUUCACACUGGAGAAAGGCCCUAUGAGUGCAGUAAAUGUGGGAAAUCCUUUAAGCAAAGCUCCAGCUUCAGUUCACAUCGGAAAGUCCACACAGGAGAAAGGCCUUAUGUAUGUGAGGAGUGUGGGAAAUCCUUCAGCCACAGCUCCAACCUUAAGAACCAUCAGAGGGUUCACACUGGAGAAAGGCCUAUUGAGUGUAGUGAAUGUGGGAAAUCCUUUAGCUGCAAAUCUAACCUCAUUAAACACCUGAGGGUUCACACUGGAGAAAGGCCUUAUAAAUGUAGUGAAUGUGGGAAAUCUUUCAGCCAAAGCUCCAGCCUCAUUCAACACCAGAGAAUUCACACUGGAAAAAGGCCUUAUCAGUGCAGUGAAUGUGGGAAAUCCUUUGGCUGCAAAUCUGUGCUCGUUCAGCACCAGAGAGUUCACAGUGGAGAAAGGUCUUAGCUAUAUAGGGAAUAUGCACUUUUUUUUAGUGGAAUCAUUGGAGGAGACCACCUGGAAGAGCAGCCUACCUGGACUGAAGCCCAGCAACUGAAUGUGCAUGGCAGAGAUUCCCUUAAGUCCAGGUUUGUGGCRGCUCCAAGGAUCUGAGUUACACAGUUCCUAGAGUCCAUAACCCUUGCAGUUUAGGUUACUGACAGUUUCUGAGACAGAAGCCAUUUCACUGCCACUUGCUAAGUCCAGCUGUGUCAGUCACACCACCACUGUGUUCAGGGAAGCGGAUCUGUGUUCUCCCAUUGCUGAAGGAAAUGAGUAGUCUGAGCCCACAUUCCCUUCUCCAAAAAGCUGGGGCAUGAACCUGACCCAGUUUUGUUCCAGAGAUCCUGAUAGAAGUAAACUCUUUCAGGGACACAUUUCUUGUGACGAUGUUGGGGUUUUUUGUUUGGGUGGGUGGUUGGGUUUUUUCCCACAGCCUCUAAGACCCUCUCCUGGGAACUACUUGCCUCACUUUUCUUUUGAGGACUGUUAUUUAUUGUCUGAAGCACCUGUAAUCUUGGGAUUUUGUUCACUGUGUGAGAUGGCUUAAAAACAGGAUUGGUCCCAUCCAGCAUUAAACAGCUGUGGUGUGUGGGGGUGGCACAGGGAGGUCACAUAACUCCAAACCUCAGAGACAUUGGUUUAAUGGAAGAAUUCGACUCUCUUCCCAGUUUUGUCCUACUAUGAAUUGUUGCCCGAGGCCCCCUAGGAGCUUCAGGGCCUUAUGGUCCUACAUGGUGGAGUAUAUGCACGAUGUUUUGUGGGCUGGGGUCACCUUGAGGCAGGAAGUUCUGACAACUCCCAGUGCUGCCCGGAGCAGCGUGAACUGUGGCACAGGACAUCACGUGAUGCCUAGUACCGUGGGGGCCGAAGUACCUGAUCCCCGUCAUUCUGUGGGCUUGAGCCUGGGGAAACUGUGAUUGGGACAGAAACACUGGGUUCACAGGACUUGGAGGAGAUCGCAGCAAACUAGAUUCUAGUGAUGGUGCAGGUUUGAGGUGUGCACAGAUUCUCACGGUCUCCAGGGAUGUGCACCUUCAUAUCUGCGGUCAUUGUCAGGGAAAAAAAAGUUUUGUGUGUUCCACUCAGGUAGCCUUUCUGGAAUGUUCCCUAAAGGCCAGGAAAACAAGCAUGGAGGGAAGGGAGAUCCCCACUCUAGCAAGAUGGCUUUGUGACCAGCCACCAUCCUGUGUAGAAGUGAACGUCACCGGUCACUAAUAUUUUCUGCCACUGAGGCAAGGUUGUCCCCAUAAGGUCAUCAAGAAGGAGGUGGAGUUCAUGUGGGGUUACCAGACCUCACAAUCAACCCUAGACUCACUGCAGCUAUUACAUGAACGCUCUGCACCCUGACCUACCUCAUGCCCUUCAUUGACCCAUCCCAUCCCUGGCCGCCAGGCCACCUUUACUCUGUCUUCCCCRAUGGCUUAGAUUGUGUUAGCAGGACGUGGAUGACUUGAUUCAUAAAAUGUUUAUUUUUCUAGUUUCAUUCAUGAUUAUUAUUUUGAUUCUUCUGCUAUGUGAGCUGUUCAUUUUUAAUGCAUUUGUCCAUUCCUUUAGGUUAUUUCUGGGUUCUGGCUAAUGCCAAAACAGUGAAGCUGCUACAGCAUGUGCAGUUCUUUACAUAUUUAUGUCAGCUACUUUGGGGUCAGUGACUCAGGUGCAAAGCUGAGACACAGGGCAGGCGACAGUCAGCUUGUUAAGAAACCACCAGGCUGUGAGCAGGGGGCCUGUUGGGCCUGUGGGGAUUUCGGUUCUUCCACAUCCUUGCCAAUAUUCAGUGUGGUCUGGAUUUACUACAUCAAUAGAUGAGUAGUUUUAACUGCAUUUCCUUAAGCAUUCAUAAUGCUGGACCCUUUUUCAUGGAUUUGUGACCCGUAUGUAUUCUUUGGUAAGAUUCUGUUCAUAUCUUUUGCCUGUUUUCUUUGUUAUGAAAGAAGAAACAUGAACAGUUAUUAAUUCUGUUUUACUUUUCAUUAACAAGCAGCUAAUUUUUGUCCCACAUUUUUUUUCCUGCCACACAGUGAACAACCACCUACGUCACAACUUUUAAAAUCUGUGUUAUUCAGCUGUUCUCUGUGGUGUCAGUAACUCUGUGGUGUCAUAAACCAAGCCAUGGUUGGAAGUGUUUGGCCUCCAGUCAUGGCUGAUUUCAAACUCCAACUGCAGUCACUGGACAGGAGCCAACCAGGAAGGGCUGCCAGGGACGUGCCACUCUGUCCCACCACAGCUCCAGUAGCUGCAUCUGCCCUCUGAGAUCCAGUGAGGAACAGGGAAGUGAUUAGCAAGGGGCAAGUUUUAAUGCUUGUUUUAAAAACUGAAAUGCAUGUAUAAAUGACAAAGCAUAAACAUUUGAAAUGUGUGUGGACGUUUUGCUGUUUAUACCUGAAAUUUUUAAAAUCCAUUGAAGGGCUGGGGUUGUGGCUCAAGCAGUAGCGUUGCCUGGCA